CACGCGGCCCGGGCCUUGGCGGCCGUGGGGUCCUUGCGGCUGUCCCGGGGCUGUCCGUGGCGAUGCCUGCGUCCGGGACGACCCCGCCGCGGGCUCCGGAGCCGGUCUGACCGGUUCGACUCGUUCCGUCUGCCCGACCGGUUCGUCCGUCGGCCUCUCCUAGCGCCCUCCCGCCGCACGGGCUCGGGUUAGGGGGUCGUCGGGGCAGGCGGAGCCGUGGGCAGCCCCGGGUGAGCGGGACGGGAGGGCGGCGGUACUGGGGGGGCUCGGUUGGGUCCCGCCGCUCCGGGCCGGGGCCGCUGGGUCACCUCCCCCCCGACCCCCCCCAGACCCCCAGCGGAGCAGUGAGGAUGAGGAGGGAGCGGAGCCCUCCCGAGCUGUGCCCGGCCCUGGCACUGGCCCUGGCACUGCUGCUGCUGCCCACAGCCUGCGCCCGCCGGAGCCAGGACCUGCACUGCGGAGCCUGCCGGGCACUGGUGGACGAGCUGGAGUGGGAGAUUGCCCAGGUGGACCCCCGCAGGACGCUGCAGGUUGGCUCCUUCCGCAUCAACCCCGACGGCAGCCAGUCGGUCGUGGAGGUGCCCUAUGCCCGCUCCGAGGCUCACCUGACAGAGCUGCUGGAGAGGGUCUGUGAGAAGAUGCAGGACUAUGGGGAGAGGCUGGACCCUGGCACCCAGCGCCGGAGCUACGUCCGGCUCAGCGCCCAGGAUGGCACCAGGCUGGACCUGGACGGGGUCAGGGUCGAUGGGGAUGUGGCUGCCAGCCUCAAGUUCGCGUGUGAGAGCAUCGCUGAGGAGUACGAGGAUGAGCUCCUGGAGCUGCUGUCCCACCAGGCCGACAACGUCAAGGACAGGCUCUGCAGCAAGCGCACAGACCUGUGUGACCAUGCCCUCCACAUCCCCCACGACGAGCUGUGACCCUGGCAGCAGCCCUGGCUGCCUCCGGAGGACGCUGCCAACCUGUGCCAGUGGCUUGGUGGGACCAGGACAGCGCCGUGCCCGCCCGGAUGUCCCUUACCUCUUGGUUUGCCCUGUCCUCUGCUGGCCCUGCCGGGCAGCACGGGGCAUGGAGCUGGCAUGGAUGCUGCCAAGGAUGCUGCCCUGCCCCAGCCA